AUUGUCACGUAUCGACAAUUUUCCUCUUCGCAAUUUUCUAUUUCCAAUAACCGGUGUUAGCUCGUUUCGUGUCAUUCUUGCUCACACUCCAUUUCAAUCGCGUAAUUUUGUGCUGCCAAAUCCGCGUAAAAUCAAAUCUGUGCACGCCCGCUGCGGAAUCCAAUAAGAAAACGAAGAAAAAGUUCUCGUUCUUCGCAAAACAGCCGGUUGUGACUUUUCACCUACGUAGGAAUCUUGACGAGUAGCAAGACGACGAAAAAAAAAGUGCAUCGUAUGUCUACGAGUGUCCUGUUGUUGUUGAAGUUGCUGUACGUGUAGAGAGGAAAAAUUUGUGUGGUUUUGUAAUAACUUUAAUUUUCGCAAAAAGCCAGAUUGCUGGCUGUCUCUUCUCCGUAAUUUAUCUUUGUUUCUCUGUACUACUUUACGCAUUUUCUCGCACACAAAUACACACAAAUCUUCUGGAAAUUUUUGGUUUUGAGACUUGUUUUGACGUGAUCACUAAUUUGGAGCAAGAUGAUAAGUCCGGAGCAGUUGCAUGCCUAUUUGGAAAAGUUAGACAAGGGGGUUGUUGCAGUUGACUUGCUGAAGAUUGGACAAACUUAUGCGCUUAAUUCGGCACAUCAGGCAUACAAUGUAAAAACGGGUGCCAACAUCAAAACUGCGGGACGUUUUCGCGUCGCUCUCGACAUCGAGCAGUGUCUGGAUCGCUUCUACGGCGGUUACUAUUCCGAUUGGGCAUGCGGCGGUCAAUGGAAUCGCUGUUUGCAGUUUGUGCAAUUGCUCGCAUCUGCCUUCAGCACUGCCCACAUUGAAGUUGUUGCCUUUUUCGAUGGAACUCUCAAGGAGAACAAAAGACUUCAGCACGAGCACAACGAUUACCGGCAAAAGGCGUUGUCCGUGUUGAAACACAUCCGGAUGAUCGGGACGCCGCCUCCGAAAGUUUGGUGGCUUCCGCCAUCGGGAAUCCGCACGUGUAUCCGAAACGCUCUGCGAACCGUCAACAUUCAAGUCGUUCAAACGGUGCACGAUCACACGAUGGAGCUCAUCGAUUAUUUCCACGAACAUCGUUUGCACGCGAUUAUCGGGUUGCAUGCGGACUUCCUGAUUGCGCAAGUUUCCCGCUAUUUCAGCUCGCACGAUUUGCGAUUGUCGUACAAGGGCGCUCUCGAAACCAAAGAAAUUUUCCCGUCGAAACUUUUGGCGACGUUGCAACUGAAUCGCGAUCAACUUGCUGUUCUCGCUGCCUUGCUCGGAGGCUACAUUUUGCUCGACGAAACGGCUUUGCGACAAAUUUACAAGAAAAUGAACGUCGAACUGAACACCGACUUCGAGUCUCGAAUUAAAAUGUUGGCGGAUGUGAUAAAAGCAAAUCUUCCUUCAAACGCGACUUCUUUGGACGAUUUCAUCAAAAAAUUAAAUUUGGAGGAAUUUGGGCCGCAAUUGAAGGAAUCCAUCGAGUAUUAUCAACGUCGCGGCGCCUUCAGUGGCAAACGUUAUUUAGGAAAUAAGAAAAAGGCGAUUUUGGCGGAAAAACCCGCUUCGGAGCAAAAAUCGAUCCCCAUGGCAUCGGAAACGACAGAAACUGACGAAGCCACGAAGAAACUUUUGUCGGAUGCGAGUGAAGAUUGUGACGAGCAAAAGUGUCAACAGUCACAAGAUGAACAAACAAAGAGCGAAAAACCGAGUAGCAGCAAGAAAUCUGUCAAAUUCGUUUAUACACUUCCCGCUGAGGUCAUAAGAACGGCUGCGGAACGUCACAAACGAGGAAUUAUGGAUCCCAGAAUUUAUAUUUUGUUGAUCAAAAAGGAGAUUUUGUUGCCGCAACUCUUGGAGGAUGAACAAUUUCGUGAUUUUCCGUCGAUUCAUGAAUUUUAUCGUCCCGCACGGCAAAUGAUCUAUGCGAUUUUGUUCAAUUUGUAUCAUCAAAAGUACAUGCAUCAAAAGGGAGGUCACAACAAAAACUCUGAUGGCAAAGAUUUGUGCCCAAGUAUCGUCAUCAACGAGUGGAUUUGGACCCCAAAGAACGAAUACAAGACUCCCGAGAAAGUCACCGCUGUUCAAAUCAACUGGGCAGUCCCGACAGUGCAACGUUUGUGGUUCGGAACGGCGCACGAGGACAAACAACGUCGCAUGAAGGCAUUUUUGACAAUAAUGCGAUCCGAUACGCCGCUGAUGCUAAACAAGAAUUACGUGCCGCAGCAUCUUCUUGUGCUUGCCUGCGUUUUGCGGUACAUCGUCGCCGAACGUCCCAUCAUGACGGGCAUUGAGUUGGAUGCUUUUAUCGCGACAGCGUUUUCGAGUCAUCUGAUCAACGUGGAUUUCACGCAGGAAAUGGUCUUGCCGAGUGUUCAUUCGCGCGGCGUUUAUUUGGGAACACUUUUCAUGCAGGGCGUCGAAACAGCGCAAAUGGCGAAUGAUGCAUGCGGCGUUCCUCUCCCUUGGUCAAUGACAAAUCCGUGGCUCUUCUUUGACGGAAAAUUGUUUCAUUGGAAGCUGAAAAUGUCAAAUAUGGUUUCGAAUUUGCGUGAGUUGUGCGACGAUUUGGUCGAUGUCAUGUUAAAAGUUGAGAGAUUUAAGAAAGCUGUGCUUGAGGAUAUCGAACAUUUGUUGCCAAUGACGCAAGUUGAUCCAUUAUUCCGUCAAGGAAUCUUUGGACAAGGACCUUCGACGGGACCUUUGAAUCCACAUUUGUACAAAAAUCUGCCUUUGCAAUUGCAGAACGAGCUACUUCUCGGCGGAAAUAGUUUUUAUAACCAAAAAGGGGGACAAGCAUUGUGUGAAGCGCCAUCAACAACUCUCAACAAGAAACCCCAACUGAAAGUCGGCGGAGUUGUUGUCGGUUCAUGGGCACAAGGAGCUCCCAAUCGCCAAUAUAUCUCGUCAAAUCGUGCUCGAUACCCGAUCAACAAGCAACGCGUUCAACGCGGAGGUCGUGUCGUCAUCCAAACGCCCACACAUCAAAAUUCAUACAGAAUUAUGGCAAACAACGUGGGCGGCGGCUAUCAAUACAAUCCCGCUGCUGUCGGAGGAAACGUCGCGAAAGCCAUCGCCGGACAAAAGCUACGCAUGAACAAAAGCCAAAAACAAAACAUUAAAAUUACAAACAGAAAAGGAGGAAGUGCAAUUAAUAAAAAUAAUUUAAAAGGUAAAACUAAAGCUGCUGCAUCGUCGGCGUCAUCUUCGACUGUGACUGAGGAGAAAAAAAUUCUCAAGAAACCGAAUGACGCGGAAAUCGCCAGCUUGACUGACAAAGCGGAGAAAAUGAGUCUGAAAUCGAGCGAAAAUCCCGUGCCGUGCAAAGAAAACGGCAACGUAACAGAGGAUCUUGAAUCGACAGUUGCCAAAGUGUGUGAUAAGGUUUUAAAAGAGGAGGAUGACGAACUAACUACCAAAGGUAUUAAUGGAAACGAAAAUGUCGAAGAUUUAGACAAUAAUGGUAAAAAUUCCAUAAAAACGGGAAAAAGUACACACACAAUCCCCUCUGGAGAUCAAGAAUCGUUAACAACAGACGCUCAAUAGAAAAUUUCGAAAGUAAAAACUCCUGAAUACCAAAUUCUAAACAACAUACAGAGAAAAAUUUAAAUAGUAGUUGAAUUAAAAAUAUCUUAACUUUUUAUGUUGUGUAACAAAAGUAACGUUUCUUACACAAAAAACGUCAUAGAACAGGAUAAAAGUCUAAAGUUUCAUGUUUAAUUAACUUUUUAUCCAGAAAAAUGGAAAAAAUAUAAUAAAAUAUAUUAAAUAUCAAUUUUUAAUUAAAACAUUAUUAUUAUUUAUAAAUA